AAUUUGAACGUUUUUCACACGUCACGCGUUAAUCAAUUGUCCAUUGUAGCGGAAAAUAAAUGUUUAUAACCCAGUUGCAAGUGUUUGCAUCGUUUAAAUCAAUCACAACAAAUCGGUUAUUCAAUAUUUUGAAGGUUAACUUCCCACACACCAAUCGCGCGACUGUCAAAAAACAGUCGUCGUUCGUUUGUUUGACAACGUUAACAAUGCAAUCAAGUCGCGAGCAGCGCAGCGUCUACAACUGCAACAAAUCCUUGUAAUUUGCCAUCGUUACACGCGCGCCGCUUAAAGAAUCGCCAUUAAUAACUGCUAUCACACGCUGAUUUCGUACAGUAAACAACCUGCAAGCGACGACGCCUGGAUAAAAUGUAACAAUUCCCAGACAGUAAAAACGUGAUGGAGGAUAGUCUGAGCGUGAAAUCGAACGAAUCUGUGGCCACAAGCGACGAGUUUGACUUCGUCUACGACAAGUGGGAGAAGGAUAAGACCUGUGGUGAUCAAGCUUCGGCUGUGGCAAGCAGGACGCCGACGACGCCGACGCUGGCAGUCACCGGCGGCGACGUUUCGUCGCUAGCGCACGCCAUGACAGAAGUCCUGCGGGAGAACGAUGAUGCUGGAGAGUGUAAAGUAGGCCAGUCCAUGUUUUACAUCUCGCAGGGACUCACACCUACGGAGAAACAGGACGCGAUGAAACCGGAUUAUGAAUUUGAGGAGGAAGAUGAAGUCUCAGAUGUUGAUCAAGAUUGUACCAUUUUCAAUGGUAUUAAGUAUCUGGGAGCUGCGAAUAUCAUCGCGCCGAAGUGCGACGAUGAAAUUCAGCGGAACAUCGCCAUUUUGAAUGAGCAAUCGGCUGAGAACGGUAUUAAAGUGUCUGUUUCAGUGCCAUCGUCCUCACAGGGACUUGUCGUUUUAUACGAUGCUUCAACGAAUUCGGUGAUUGCUCGUUAUGAAAUCCACCGCAUCUUGUAUUUCUGCGCCGGGGUGAUUAAAACAGCCGAAGCCAGUUGUUUCGCGUUCACGUGGUCGCAUGGCGAUACCCUGGAGGCGACCAUCUUUCAAUGUCACGUCUUUCGGUGUGAUAUCGCCGAAGCAGUCCCGCGGGUUUCCGGGUGUUUCGUGAAGGCGUUCGAGCGUGCAGUCGCCGCAACACGAUCCAUGACCUCAUCGAUUAUAUCCAGCACGGAUAAUAUGUCGGCUUCCUGUACGACUUUAUCAGAAGCACGGCAUGUUAUGUAUGUUUUUGAGGUUAAUUUAGAGAUUAAGGAGGAUGAUGGACGUGGUUAUGCUACUGUAGCAAAAGACCGUAGUGGUUUCCGCCUGCGUUGUAAUCUCGACAAGCAGAUUUGUCUAAACAUCAAACAAGUAUCGGAUGAAGGACAAAUCCUGCACAUUGAGCGCUGUUUCGGUGUCCUGCUAGCGCCCGGCCGCCAUUUGCGCAGUUCCGACAUGCAGUUGCUCGAAAUGAUCGAAACUUCUGUACCCAGUGGUAAUAAAAACACAUGCGCUGUAUCCGCCUGCUGGGACGCAUCAGAAGAUGCAUUUGCUGCAUUAAACGUCGAAAGUCCCAAAGAUGGCCGCCAGUAUAUGACCAUCGCUAUAGAUUUAGUCAUCCGAGGUAUACAGGAACCUGUACGGUUCCACAUUGAAACGCCUGUGAAGAUAUGCAACCAAAAUGACAGGUUUUGGUUGUUUCAAAAGCGCGGAUUAGUACAACAGUUCUUUUUGAAUUUAAAAGAAACGAUAAACGAAAAUGCUGACGUCAUUUACGAAGUCGUCGGGAUGGAAACCUCCGGCGAGUUGGACCGCAACCGCCUGAAUCUCACCCUGAAUCUAUCCGGACUCAUCAAUUCACCGAGUAUCACAUCCCUGGAUACAAUGACACCGAAAGAUGAGUAUCUCUCCGACGGGGAUGAGCCGUUAUUGAGUGGUACUGGUUUAGUAUCCAAGGAUUGUCCGGAUGAUGUGCUUGGUUUAUGGGGUGAUGUCCUCAACAAAUGGAACACGACAAAUCAACGCCCUAAACAGUUAAGCAGUCUGGUUAAACUAGGCAUACCGGAAGCUCUGCGAGGAAAAGUCUGGCAACGUUUAGCUGGAACAGAUGAAAACACUCAAAUGAUGGAAACCUACCGGAUAUUAAUCACCAAAGACAGUUCCUGUGAGACUGUCAUUCAGCGAGACAUCGCGCGCACCUUUCCUGCGCAUGAUUUCUUCAAACAAGUCGGCGGACUUGGACAGGAUUCACUUUAUAGAGUUAGCAAGGCGUAUGCUGUGUAUGAUGUUGAGGUUGGGUACUGUCAAGGGUUAAGUUUUCUUGCUGCUACGUUGUUGUUACAUAUGCCAGAAGAAGAAGCUUUCUGCGUGUUGGUGAAACUUAUGUAUGACUAUGGCCUGCGUGAUUUAUACAAGGAUGGUUUUGAUAAUUUGUAUUUGCGUCUGUAUCAGCUGAAUAAGUUAAUGGAGGAGCAAGUACCGCAGUUGUAUCGGCACUUUACCGAGCAUAACAUUGAGACGCACAUGUUUGCGUCGCAAUGGUUCCUCACGCUGUUCACGGCGCGUUUUCCGCUCUUUUUUGUUUUUCAUAUUAUUGACGUGUUUCUGCUGCAAGGCGUGGAUACGCUGUUUCAAGUCGCGCUUGCGCUGUUAAUGAUGUCAAAAAAGGAUUUAGUUUCGUUGGACUUUGAAGGAAUAUUGAAAUAUUUCCGUGUUUCCUUGCCGAAAAAGAUUCGUACCGAGCAGUUCGCAAAGGAGUUGAUUAAAUACGCAUGCGCUUUGAAAGUCAAAAAGUUAAAGAAGUACGAAGCGGAGUUUAUCGCACUUAAAGACAGCUGGGAAAAUAUCAUAUUGGAUUCAGAGGCAGAUAGCAUGGAGACGCAGGCGAGCGAAGUGGAGCAGCUGCGAUUGGUUGUCACGCGGCAGGACGACGAGCGCAAGAUGAUGCUGGACGAGAUCUGUCAACUCAAAGAGAUGUUUAAGCGAGAAGUCGAGCAGGCAGAGAGUGUGCAGCGAGAGAACGCCGCCAGUAUUGCUGAUUACAAGCUGAUUCGACAUCGAUUGGAUAGUCAACUUAGUGCUGUCACCGCCGAAUUGGAUUUACUAAAAUCACAAGUUAGUAAGUGCGACGCAUGCGCAAAGUAUAUCAAUGGUAAGUGCAUGUCAGAAGAAGGCGAUGGCGAUAACGUGCCUACAGAGAGAGUGAGAGAGCUGGAGUUUCAACUGGCGCGGGCGAAACUUGCGCAGGUUGAAGCCGAGUGUAAAAAUCAGGAUUUGACACAUCAACUGCGCUCGACCGAGAACGAAUUAAACUCUUCGAAGCGCACCUGGGGUCCAUGGCUGUCAAAAACAUUGACAUCCAUCAAAGAAGUGGCGAACAAGAAAGAUUUCGCCGGUUUCCCGCAGCCUACGUUCAUCUCACACGUAAAUCCUACACCAACGCGUCGUGAUAGCGCACCGCACUCGCUCGAUUCGCGCUAUCAGCCGGGUUUGCUGAAGGAUUCCGCCAGUUGUAGCUCUCUCAAAACGCACAACUAACACGGUAACAUGUACACAUGUACUUAGUUCACAUACACAUUCACAUACUCACAAACAAGAAACAUUCCCGUGUGUUUAGUCAGGGUUUGCGCGUCCAUGUUAGCAAAUAUGUUCAGUUUGAAGGCCCGUGCCAUUUUUUUUUCAAGUCACUUAUACGAUAUAUUUAUGUACACGUAUUGUAUGUAUAUGAAUAGUUAGUUUGUUUGAUUAUUUCGCGAUCAGCAGCCAUGUUUUCCUUAGCGCUAGCCUAAGUAUUAGGUUUUUAUUUAUUUUAUUCUGUUGCAAAUCAAUCGCGUGGUUCGAUUUUUUCGUUUUAUUAUUACAUUAACAACAAAAGUAUAUAUUUAUUAUAUUAUAGGGUCCAAAACAAUAUAUAAAUAUAUUGCUUUAAAUGCAAAAAUAA